UAUUGGUAACUCUGUUCGUUUACUGGACGCCACACUACAUUUGCAAAAAAACUUUACACGUUGUGUGAUUUCUUUGGUGCGUGCAGUAGAAUUGAUAAUUAUGGCAAUGUUAGCUGGAGAAAAAUAUUGGGAGAAGUCGCGAUUUGCCAAAGCUGAAAAGCAAUAUUAUGAGAUGCUUAGCCAGGAUAUAUAUUUCGAGUCGUGCGUAGAAUAUAUAAAACUCGACAAAAUACCAAAAAUUCGAUAUGGCAAAAUUUUAAGUGAUAAACAUGACUAUGAAAAAAAAAUUGAUUGUAUAACAUCUAGAAAUAAGUUGGAUAAGACUGAAAAGUUUCAAAAAUUUGAGAAAAAAAAAGAAAUGUCGCUAGGAUCCCAAGAUUCACCUCUAAACAGGAAGAGUUUAUUAGUUUCCGAAAUUGCUAAAGCCAGAGAACACAUCAAAAAUUCUUUGGAAAAGAUGGAUGGCAUUUCUUGUGUGGAUGCAACUAUAGUCCCAUCUAAUCUGUUAGAACGCAUUCAAUUACUGGAAGAGGAAAAUGCUAAUCUAAAACAAAUAAUUUCAAAGUUAAAUGACCUUAGCAUAGACUCACAAAAACGUAUUACCGCUUUGGAAGGUUUAGUUACACGUUCUAAACCCGUUGCACAAUCAUUAACAGAAGAUGAUGAUGGUGUUGAUUUAUUUGCUUCAGACAGUGAUGAAGAGUCGGAGGAAGCUGCACGUAUAAGAGAGGAGCGCUUAGCUGCAUACGCUGCCAAAAAAUCUAAAAAACCAGUUUUAAUAGCUAAAUCUAGUUUGGUACUUGAUGUAAAACCUUGGGAUGAUGAAACAGACUUACAAGAAAUGGAAAAUUUAAUUAGAAAAAUUUCGGCCGAUGGAUUAUUAUGGGGCGCAUCUAAAUUAGUUCCUGUAGCUUUUGGAAUAAGUAAAUUAAGUAUUAGUUGCGUUGUAGAAGAUGAUAAAGUUUCAAUUGAUUGGUUGACUGAAGAGAUUGAGAAAAAUGAAGAAUUUGUUCAAAGUGUUGAUGUUGCUGCUUUUAAUAAAAUAUAAUAAAAGAUAUAAAUUAAUUAUACAAAAAAUAAAAUAUGUUUUACAUACAUUACAUUUAUUAUUGAUCAAA